AUGCGCCUCGCCCCUGAGAAGCCAUAUCUCAGUUACUACGACGUUUUGUUGACAGCCGAAGAUAUUAAGGCUCUCAAGCAUGACUGGUUAACCGACAACAAUAUCGCUUUCUGGGAAGAGUAUUUGGAGCGCGAAACUCUUCCCAAGUACCCCCAAGCUCGCAUCGUUCUGCUCCGCCCCAGCAUGACAUUUCUUCUCAUGAAGGAACCGGACACUCGAUCAAUCCAAUCCGCUCUUCCCGAUUUCUCCAAGGUUACGCAUAUCUUCCUACCCAUCAACGAUAAUCGUAAUGUGAGCGUCGCUGAGGGCGGUAGCCAUUGGUCGCUGCUUCUCGUCUCGACUCUUGAUGGUGUAGCCUUUCAUUACGACUCGCUUGGCGGCGCCAACUACUCUGAGGCCAAUGUCGCUUCACGCAAGCUUGCCAACAUACUCGGCCGACCCCUCCGAUUUAUCAACUUGGACGAUUGCCCCCAGCAGGAAAAUGGUAGCGAUUGCGGUGUCUUUGUGUGCCUUUUGAUGCGACAUCUCCUUGUCAAGCGCCUUCUGUGCGCCAAUGCCCGCGAGAAGGUAUCGAUGAGCAUGGGUGGGAAGAUGGUUGAUAGCUACGGCGGGCGUAAGGAAAUGAUGCGAAUAAUCGAAAAUCUCCGUAAGGAAGGAGAGCGAAGGCGAUCACGAAGCGCUAGUCCCUUUUCGAACAAGACACCACCGCGGAUCGAAUAG